UCUCUUUCUAUAUCUCUCUCUCUCUUUCUAACACACUGAAACAGGUUUAUGAUAAUGAGAAGCCUCAAGGCGCAGGAGUAGUUGGAGCCAUUUUAAUCAUUCACGCGGAUGGAGUGGUGGUGUCGGCUUGUUUGCAUGGUGAGAAGCUUUGGCAAGCAAGGUGACUGCGGUUUCUCUCAAUUCAAUUGGAUUAGCUACUGUAUAGUAGUGAAAGCAUGGAUACGCGGCAACAAAAGGGAACGACUAGACUGAAAGUUUAAGGAAAGCGGCAGUAAUUAGCCUACGUUCAAACCUGGUUGAACAUUAUCGUGGAGCAAUGCCCGUCAUUAAGUGGGAUUUGUUGUUUAUUAUUUUCGGCUGGUUUGAACUCAUUUCACUGUCGAAUUGCUACAAUGUACACAUCCGUGAGGAUGCGGAACAGCGGACAGUGAUUGCAAGUGUUGAACAGAGCGGGGCAUGCACUUUGGAUCAGGUAAUCGCUCCUAAAUUCUCAAAGACCUUUAUUAAAACUGAUGCGUCCGCGCGCGUUGUGUUCCUUUCAGGUAGUUUAAAUUGUGCCUCGCUCAGCUCCAACCCUUUCACCGUGUACACUGUUGUGGACUGCAUGAACAAUGUCCCAGGGUUGAGGCACCUCCUCACAAGCCAGUAUGAUGUGUAUGUUCACGGCAGGAACUGUUCAAGUAAACACAAAAGGAAAUCUCAAUGGGACUUGGAGAUAAUCAGUUUGUUUAAAGCCCAUAAUCAUCAGUUAGAAUGCCACGAGUCUGGUACUGCGCUCCUCCGGAUAUGGGAUCUACUACCCGGCUCUCCAACCCGCAGCAGUAUGCACUGCAAGGUGAUUAGGAGUUCGGAGUUAUACUUUUCAGAGGGGCAAUUGUUUGUGUCCAAGACGCUGUGUUUGAAACACGACACACUUCUUGAGCUAGACUUACAUUGUAACCAAUACACAGGAGAUGAGAGGGAAUCCAAAGUGAACAGCAUCUCAGUCCACUGGCGGGUGGGUCAAGGCUCCUUCAAACAGGACCACUUGGGGAAGUUACUACAGCAGGCUGCCCAGUCUGAAUCAGGCAUAGUGAGCAGGAGCAAGAGGGCUGUUAACAGUAGCCCCCAGUUUCAGCCUCCUAUGUACCAGGUGGCUGUGGCAGAGAAUAAGCCAGCUGGAACUCCUGUAGUUGUUUUGAAGGCAGUAGAUGCUGAUGAGGGGGAGGCAGGCAGGCUGGAGUACUUCAUAGAGGCCCUGUUUGACAGCCGCUCCAACAACCUAUUUGCUGUGGACCCAGUCAAUGGUGCAGUCUCCACUGUGGAGGUGCUGGAUAGAGAGCAGAAGGACACCCAUGUAUUCCGUGUGACCGCUGUUGACCACGGCACUCCCCGCCGUACGGCCAUGGCCACCCUCACCAUCACAGUGAGUGACAGUAACGACCAUGAUCCCGUCUUUGAGCAACAGGACUACAAGGAGAGUGUUAGAGAGAACCUAGAGAUCGGCUAUGAGGUGCUGACCGUCAGGGCCACAGACGGAGACGCCCCGGUCAACGGUAACAUCCUGUACCACGUCCUCAACAGCAACGGUUCGAACAAUGUUUUUGAGAUUGACUCCAGGUCGGGGGUGAUCCGCACAAAGGGCCCAGUGGAUAGAGAGAUGGUGGAGGCCUACAUGCUGUUGGUAGAGGCCAACGACCAGGGUCGUGACCCCGCCCCCCGCAGUGCCACGGCAACUGUUCACAUUAUUGUAGAGGACGACAAUGAUAAUGCUCCCCAGUUCAGUGAAAAGCGAUAUGUGGUGCAGGUUCCGGAGGAUAUGGCACCCAACACAGAAAUCCUGCAGGUGAUUGCCACAGACCAGGACAGAGGGAGUAAUGCCAUGGUUCACUUCAGCAUCAUGAGUGGCAACACCAGGGGCCAGUUCUACAUUGACGCCCAGACAGGCAAGAUGGACCUUGUCAGUCAGUUGGACUAUGAGGCUAACAAGGAAUACACCAUUCGCAUCCGCGCUCAGGACGGGGGACGCCCGCCGCUCUCCAACAUCAGUGGCCUGGUAACGGUGCAGGUGCUGGAUGUCAAUGAUAACGCCCCCAUUUUCGUCAGCACCCCCUUCCAGGCCACUGUGCUAGAGAACGUGCCGGUGGGUUACUCCAUCAUUCACAUCCAGGCUGUUGAUGCAGACUCUGGUGACAAUUCCAGGCUGGAGUACCGCCUCAUUGAAACCACGCCCAACUUCCCAUUCUCCAUCAACAACAGCACUGGUUGGAUAGUCGUAGCCGCUGAUCUGGACAGGGAGAGCAUGGACUUCUACAACUUUGGGGUGGAGGCCCGUGAUCAUGGCCACCCGGUGAUGUCUUCCUCAGCUAGCGUUAGCAUGACCAUCCUCGACGUCAACGACAACAACCCAGAGUUUACACAGAGGUCAUACUACAUGCGCCUCAAUGAGGACGCCGUCGUGGGGACAAGCGUGGUGACUGUGUCUGCAGUGGACCAGGAUAUCAACAGUGUGGUGACGUAUCAGAUCUCCAGUGGGAACACCAGGAACAGGUUCUCCAUCACCAGCCAGAGUGGAGGGGGCCUCAUCACCCUGGCCCUGCCCCUUGACUACAAGCUGGAGCGCCAAUACGUCCUAAGUGUCACUGCGUCUGACGGCACACUCUUCGACACCGCCAAGGUGUUCGUCAACGUCACCGACGCCAACACCCACAGGCCCGUGUUUCAGAGCUCACAUUACACCGUCAACAUCAAUGAGGACAGACCUGUUGGCACCACCGUUGUGGUGAUCAGUGCUACAGAUGAGGACACUGGGGAGAACGCACGUAUAACCUACUUCAUGGAUGACAGCAUCCCCCAGUUUGACAUCGACUCAGACACAGGCGCUGUCACCACCCAGAUGGAGCUGGACUAUGAAGAUCAGGUGUCCUACACGUUAGCCAUCACGGCCCGGGACAAUGGUAUCCCACAGAAGUCUGACACUACCUACCUGGAGAUCCUGGUGAAUGAUGUGAAUGACAACUCUCCUCGAUUCCUCAGAGACCACUACCUAGGCUCUGUAAUGGAGGACGUGCCAGUGUUUACCAGCGUCGUCCAGGUCUCUGCCACUGACCGAGACUCUGGCCUCAACGGACGUGUCUUCUACACUUUCCAGGGGGGAGAGGAUGGCGACGGAGACUUCAUAAUUGAGUCCACCUCUGGUAUAGUGCGAACGCUGCGUCGCCUGGACCGAGAGAACAUGCCAUUCUACAACCUGCAGGCCUUUGCUGUGGAUAAAGGUGUUCCUGCUCUCAAGACAUCCGUGGACAUCCAAGUGACCAUCCUGGACGUCAAUGACAACCCUCCUGUGUUUGAGAAGGAUGAGUUUGACAUAUUUGUGGAGGAGAACAGCCAAAUAGGCCUGGUAGUGGCCCACGUAUUAGCCUCGGACCCAGACGAGGGGAGCAACGCCCAGAUCAUGUACCAGAUAGUAGAGGGAAACAUCCCAGAGGUGUUCCAGCUGGACAUCUUCUCAGGAGAACUGACUGCUCUGACAGAUCUCGACUACGAAACACGGUCAGAGUAUGUCAUCGUGGUCCAGGCCACCUCUGCCCCACUUGUCAGCCGUGCCGUUGUGCACAUCAAGCUGGUCGACAAGAAUGACAACGUACCGGUGCUGAAAAACUUCCAGAUCAUCUUCAAUAACUAUGUCACUGACAAGUCCAGUAGCUUCCCCACAGGGGUGAUCGGACGGAUCCCUGCCCGUGACCCAGACGCCUCGGACCAGCUCCAGUACAGCUUUGAGGCUGGUAAUGAGCUGAACCUGGUCAUCCUGAACCAGAGCACGGGGGAGAUCCGGCUGAGCCAGGCCCUGGACAACAACAGACCCCUGGAGGCCUCCAUGAGGAUAUCUGUCUCAGAUGGGAUCCACUCGGUGUCAGCCCAGUGUCUGCUCCAGGUCACCAUCAUCACAGACGAGAUGCUCUCCAACAGCAUCACACUGCGAUUGGCCAACACCUCCCAGGAGCACUUCCUGUCCCUGCUAUUGGCCCAGUUCCUGGAGGGUGUGGCCCGCGUGCUGUCAGCUGACCGCGAGGACGUGGUGGUGUUCAACAUCCAGGACGACACGGACGUCAGCGCCCGCAUCCUCAACGUCAGCCUGUCUGUUGCCGUGCCCUCGCACAGGGAGGAGCCGCGGGGGGGAGGAGGGGGCCCCCGGGGGCGCGACAGGGUGGGCAGAGGGGCAGCAGGGGCCAGUGGCAGGGCAGAGUUCUUUGGGUCUGAGGAGCUUCAAGAGAGGCUGUACCUGAACCGCAGCCUGCUGGCCCACAUCUCCUCCCAGCAGGUGCUGCCCUUCGAUGACAACAUCUGCCUGCGAGAGCCCUGUGAGAACUACAUGAAGUGUGUGUCUGUGUUGAAGUUCGACAGCCUGGCACCCUUUGUGGCGUCCGACACCAUCCUGUUCCGGCCCAUCCACCCCAUCGCCGGGCUGCGCUGCCGCUGCCCCACGGGCUUCACAGGAGACUACUGCGAGACAGAGAUCGACCUGUGCUACUCCAAACCCUGCGGAGCCCACGGCCUGUGUCGCAGCAGAGAGGGAGGCUACACCUGCGAGUGCCUCAAUGACUAUACUGGCAAGCGGUGUGAGCUAUCGUCCCGCUCCGGGCGCUGCGGCCCAGCUGUGUGUAAGAAUGGGGGCACCUGUGUGAACCUGCUGGUGGGAGGGUUCAAGUGUGAGUGCCCAUCUGGCGGUUAUGAAAAGCCCUACUGUGAGAUGACCACCAGGAACUUCCCCCUGCAGUCCUUCCUCACCUUCAAGGGACUCCGCCAGCGCUUCCACUUCACCCUCUCCCUCUCAUUUGCCACAAAGGAGCCAAAUGGUUUGUUGCUCUACAAUGGCCGCUUCAACGAGAAGCACGACUUCAUCGCUGUGGAAAUCAUUAACGAGCAGAUCCAGCUCACCUUCUCUGCAGGUGAGACCAAGACGACUGUGUCGCCCUACAUCCUUGGAGGUGUCAGUGAUGGCCAGUGGCAUGUGGUGCAAGUUCACUACUACAACAAGCCAAUCCUAAACCAGGCCAGCAUGCCCCAGGGUCCCUCUGACCAGAAGGUCGUCGUAGUAACCGUGGACAACUGUGACACCUCAGUGGCACUGCGAUUUGGUCAUGUAAUCGGGAACUACACCUGCUCUGCCCAGGGCAGCCAAUCAGGAUCCAAAAAAUCUCUGGAUCUGACUGGUCCUCUCCUCCUAGGGGGCGUGCCCAAACUGCCUGAGGACUUCCCCAUCCAGAACCGGCAGUUUGUGGGCUGCAUGAAGGACCUGAGGAUCGACAACCGCCACAUCGACAUGGCUAGCUUCAUCGCUAACAACGGCACUCUACCAGGAUGCUCUGCUAAAAGGCACUUCUGCAAUAACAACCCGUGUUUGAAUGGAGGGACCUGCGUCAACAUGUGGGGCUCCUUCAGCUGUGACUGCCCCCUAGGAUUUGGAGGCCGGAACUGCGAGAAGGUGAUGGCCAACCCGCAGCGUUUCCUGGGUAACAGCCUUUUGCAGUGGACUAACCUGGUGGCGGUGGUCACUGUGCCGUGGCACGUGGAGCUUAUGUUCCGCACACGCCAGCCUAGUGCAACCCUGCUGCACCUCACCGCCGGACAGCACCACAACCUCACCCUACAGCUGCGCGGUGGCAGUGUGGUGAUGGGCCUGCAGAGGGGCGAGGACUCCACCCUGUCCCAGGUAGAGGAGGUGACAGUGAAUGACGGAGACUGGCACCAUGUGCAGAUGGAGCUGAAAGAUAUCCCGGGCGGCGAGCCCCGCCACAAGGCUGUGCUCUCCUUUGACCAUGGCCUCUACACGGCCAGCAUGGAGGUGGAUACUAAACUGAAGGGGGCGAAGGUCAAGACUCUGAGUGUCGGGGGCAUCACUGGGGCUGAUGGGAAAAUACAGCAUGGCUUCCGCGGCUGUGUGCAGGGUCUGCGUGUGGGGGAGACCUCUUCCAGCUCGGUGUCUCUCAGCAUGUCUCAGCCCAGGAGGGUGAACAUUGAGCAGGGCUGCAGCGUACCAGACCCCUGUGUCUCUAACACCUGCCCCUCUAACAGCUACUGCAGUGAUGACUGGGACAGCCACUCCUGCACCUGUCUCACCGGUUACUAUGGCGAUAACUGCACAGACGUAUGUGCGCUAAACCCCUGCGAGCACCAAUCAGCUUGCACCAGGAAGGUUAGCUCCUCCCGCGGCUACACCUGUGACUGUCCCAGCAACUACUUUGGCCAGUAUUGCGAGAAGAAGACUGACCUGCCGUGUCCCAGGGGUUGGUGGGGACAUAAGACCUGUGGUCCCUGUGAAUGUCAGACAGAUAAGGGCUUCGAUGCCGACUGCAACAAGACCAGCGGGGAGUGCCGCUGCAAGGAUAACCACUACCAUCCAGAGGGCAGCGAGGCGUGUCUGCUAUGUGAGUGUUACCCAGUGGGCUCCUUCUCACGGGCGUGUGAGAGGGAGAGCGGGCAGUGCCAGUGUAAGCCAGGGGUCAUCGGGCGCCAGUGUGACCACUGUGACAACCCCUUCGCUGAGGUGUCGCCCAACGGCUGCGAAGUGAUCUAUGACAGUUGUCCCCAGGCAAUAGAGGCAGGGAUCUGGUGGCCCAGGACUAAGUUUGGUCUCCCUGCAGCAGUCCCCUGUCCCAAGGGAUCUAUCGGCACAGCUAUUCGCCACUGUGACGAACACAAAGGAUGGCUGCCCCCCAACCUCUUCAACUGUACCUCUGUCACCUUCACCAAACUCAAGACCCUGUCGGAAAAGCUUUCCCGUAACGUGUCUCUCCUGGACUCUGGGCGGGUCCAGCAGAUGGCAGCCAUGUUGGCCAACGCCACGCUGCACACGGUGGAGUACUACGGCAGUGACGUAAAGGUGGCCUACCGCCUCACCCAGAGCCUACUGCAGUACGAGAGCCACCAGCAGGGCUUCAGCCUGACCGCCACCCAGGACGUCCACUUCACUGAGAACCUGGUGCAGGUGGGCAGUGCCAUCCUGUCCCCGGGCACACGGCCACACUGGGAGCUGAUCCAGCAGACGGAGGGGGGCACCGCGGCCCUACUGCGCCAGUAUGAGGAGUACGCCAACACCCUUGCACAGAACAUGAGGAAGACUUACCUCAGCCCCUUCACCAUUGUCACACCACACAUAGUCAUCUCAAUAGAUCGCCUCCAGAAGAUGAACUUUGCCGGAGCCAAGCUCCCUCGCUACCAGUCUCUGAGAGGGCUGAGGCCUCAGGAUCAGGAGACUGCCGUCACCCUCCCCGACUCCGUCUUCAAGCCGCCCAUGGAGACCAAGGGCCACCGCCACCUGGACACCUUCCCAGAAUCCUCUGUGAGAAACCACACGUCCAACAGGAAGAAGCGACAUCGAGGUCCUGACGACCCCGAGCAGGAGGCCAUCGCUAGCGUGAUCAUCUUCCACAGCCUGGCCUCGUUGCUCCCUGCGAGCUACGACCCUGAUAAGAGGAGUCUGAGAGUGCCUAAGCGUCCGGUCAUCAACUCCCCGGUGGUCAGCAUCACGGUCCAUGACAACGAGGAGCUGCUGCAGCACAUGCUGGACAAACCUAUCACUGUGCAGUUCCGCAUGGUCACCACCGAGGAGCGCUCCAAACCCAUCUGUGUCUUCUGGAACCACUCCAUACUAGCGGGGAACGGAGGCUGGUCAGCCAAAGGCUGUGAGGUGGUGUUCAGGAACAGCACACACAUCAGCUGCCAGUGUUACCACAUGACCAGCUUCGCUGUUCUCAUGGACAUCUCUAGGAGAGAGAACGGUGAGAUCCUUCCGGUGAAGCUGGUGACGUGGAGCACGGUGAGCGUGACCCUGGGCUUCCUCUUCCUCACCACGCUCUUCCUCCUCUGCCUGCGGGCCAUGCACUGCAACAAGACCAGCAUCAUCAACAACGGAGCCACCGCCCUCUUCAUCUCCGAACUCAUCUUCAUCCUGGGCAUUAACCUGGCAGACAACCCGUUUGUGUGCACAAUUAUCGCCAUCCUGCUGCAUUUUUUCUACCUGUGCACCUUCUCCUGGCUCUUCCUGGAGGGCCUGCACGUCUACCGCAUGCUGAGCGAAAUACGAGACAUCAACUACGGACCCAUGCGAUUUUACUACAUGAUCGGCUGGGGCGUGCCCGCCUUCAUCACAGGCCUGGCGGUCGGACUGGACCCAGAGGGUUAUGGGAACCCAGACUUCUGCUGGCUGUCCGUGUACGACACUCUGAUCUGGAGCUUGGCAGGGCCCAUCGCCAUGGUGGUGUCUAUGAACAUCUUCCUGUAUAUCCUGGCCUCCAGAGCAUCCUGCUCCAUGAGACACCACAGCUUUGAAAAGAAAGACCCCCCUAUCUCCGGGCUGAGGACGUCAUGUGGGGUUCUCCUCCUGGUCACUGUCACAUGUCUGUUAGCUAUACUCUCAGUCAACAGUGACAUGAUCAUCUUCCACUACUUGUUUGCUGGAUUCAACUGUCUUCAAGGUCCCUUCAUCUUCUUCUUCCGCAUUGUGUUCAACAAGGAGGCGAGGAACGCCAUGCGCUACUGCUGCAGCCGCAAACGCCCGGAUCACAUGAUCAAGUCCAAGCCCUCGUCGUAUAACUGUAACACCAGCUACAUGGAUGGCAGACUGUACCACCUGCCGUUUGGAGACUCCAGUGUCUCUCUGAAUGACACCCUGCAGAGUGGCAAGAGCCAGCAGAGCUAUGUCCCCUUUGUCCUCAGGGAUGAUGGUGGCCUGAAUAAUAGCCAGGUACACAUCGCUCUGAACGAGCACGGCUCACUCUUCCAUGAAACUAAAGAGCAUUUAGAUGAUCACGACUCGGACUCGGACAGUGACCUGUCUUUGGAGGAUGACCAGAGCGGAUCGUACGCCUCCACACACUCCUCUGACAGCGAGGAGGAGGGGCCCUACCCACCAGAUGAAUGCUGGGAAAGCAUGGCAUCCAAUGUGUCCAAGAGACCACACCCUCAGGAUAACAACCUGAGUAAGCUGUACUGGCCAGGGGAGUUUGUGACGACACUUAGCAACAGUGAGUGCCUGGGGGGAGCAGAAAGGCUAAAGGUAGAGUCUCUGGGCAACCCUGAACUGGGCCAGACCCGGGACCACCGAGGCAUGCCAGACGACAGGCCAGACGACAAGGCAGAGGGCUAUGGGAAGGACCACGUGAUGCUGCUGCCCAGUCUGCCCAACCUCAACGCACACCCACAGAAAGGAAUCCUGAAGAAGAAGCAGCUCUCCCCCAUUGCGGAGAGAAAUGGUAUCAACCGCAUCCAUAACGAGCUGUCAGAGAACGCUCUUGGCCACGCCUCCUCCCAGGGCUCCUCUUCCAGUGAGAGCCGAGGGGGCGGGGCCAAGCCCAGCUUACCAGAUCAGCUGAAUGGUGUCGCCAUGAGCAUCAAGGCGGGGACAGUGGACGGUGACUCAUCAGGGUCAGACAGCCACCGCAACCCCUCCAUAUGAGCCGGCUGACGGGGGGGGUGUGUCUUUGCAGGUCAUAGAGCCUCGGCCCUCAUCGCCAUGCUUGCUGAUGUCUGAGACACAGAGCGUUGGACUGUCCUCAACUGGAGAUCCAUGGAGUACCCUCUCUCUUUCCCCAAUUUUCUUUGUGAGAAUGUGUGUGUGUGUGAGUGCCAAAACCUCAGGAGUCUCUGCAAGGGCCCAGGCUCGAGCGCACUGAUGGAAUGAGUCUCUCUCCCUUUUUAAAUCAUUGUUUGUUUACAUACUUGAAGCGAUGCACUUUUUAAAAUAAUUUACUCUACCCGGCCAGAUGUGCUGGUAGUCAACUGGAGCUGAUUCAGUUUUGUUUAUUGUGGUUGUUUUUAUGUUUCAAACUCCGGAGAUUAAGAACAAUGAAGUCCUCCUUUGGCUGUAAGAUUUUAAAAGUUCAGGGAAUUUCCUCAAGAAGCUUAACUAGUUUGUAAUCUCAGAAAGGGUCACCUGUACAGUUGUUUUGUUCAAGGAUUUAGUUAUUCUACUGAGGGCUGAGGUCAGUUUGAGUUUUGCUGUAGAGACAACUCAUUUCUCCACUCGUCUCAGGAAGCUGCCAGCCUGAGCUGGUGGACAGGAAGAGUCAGUACAAAAUGUCUUUAGACUGAACAGGUCUCUACAGAGGGAUGAACAGCUCCACCCAAACCACUACACUGUGCUCUGCACUGGAGGAAAGGACUCCUGUUGAAGUGUGGCUGGAGAACAGUGAGAGGCCAUGGGGUCACGCCCCGUAAUGGAAGCACUCUAUAAACAGUUUCUCUCACUACUGAAGGAUGUUUAAAGGCAAUAGCGACUAGUCAGCUGUCAUACACACUAGAGGUGAGAAUGUCUGCCUUUCUCCACCAUUUCGCCUUCAUUUUAUUGCAUUAUCAUUGGAGGAAAAGAGCCUGCGUGUCAAGAACUUUUGAUAUCUUUACUUUUGUAAAUUGUUGGGAGCAAAUUUUUGUAUAAACUGAGAAUGCUCCCAUUUUUCAAUGUUUUUGUCCAAGGGUUAUGCUUUAAUUUGAAUCAGCGACUUUGUAUUUUAUAGAUUAGAUCAUUCCAUUGUUUUUGUGAAAUAUUUGCAAACUUGUGCUGUAAUACUCUUUGACAUGUAUUCCAAUUUUACUGUGGAGAGUUCUGUAAAAAGAAAUACACUAAUACUUCAUCUUCAAUUGAAUCAUGUUGUAUAAACUCUACAUUCCCACUUAUAAAAAGCAGUUCAGACAAUUUGUGUACAACUUAUCACCACUAAUUGAACUGGUGCUCUCUGAAAGCAUUCAUGAUAGUGUCAAGGUUCAUUUCUGCAUUGCCAAAAGUUUUUUUUACAACACUGAUAAAGGUUAACAUUUGAA